AUGGCCAGUCAUAUCAUUGGCAAUCGCAACAGCACUCCUGAGGCUUCCAAUUCGACACUCCGUCCUCCCUCCUCAUCUCGAAAUCUCGGAUCACACCAGCUGCGGGCAUCGGCAGACAUGUCCGGAUUUCCUUCGCCGCUGUCCGCCCGAAGCAUCCGUCCUUCAUCGGAAGUCUUCUUCAACCAACAGUCCCAGGGCCAGAAUGCGACGGAAGAUGCAUUGGACCGUGCUGCUCAGCAGUGGCUCGCCGACAUUGAUCAGUACGAGACCACACUGGAGGAAAUGGCCGCUGCCACCCUCGACCAGGAUUUCAAGGAUGAGCUGAGCGCCAUCGAGCAAUGGUUCCGUGUGUUGAGCGAGGCCGAGAGGACCGCUGCCCUCUAUGCAUUGCUUCAGCAAACCACUCAGGUGCAGAUCCGGUUCUUCAUCCAGGUGCUGCAGCAAAUGUCUCAGGGUCAUCCGAUGUCCGGCUUACUCUCGCCUGCCAACUUUGGUGAAAAGGGCAUGUCACAUUGA